AUGAAGCCUUCAAACACCUACAGAUUAAAUGCAAUGAUACUAUUAUUUGUAAAAACACUUCAUGAAAAAAUAUUUGUGACAAGUGCGCAUUACAUGCACAGAUUACAAGCAUUGACGCAUUAUAUACAUGUAGUAUGGUCUAACAUCAUUCGAGACGGAAGUAUCAAUGUAUUGAAUAAGUCUCAAGCUAACCCACCUCUAAACAAAUUAUCAUUUAACUUAUUGGAGGGCGCAGCUCAUGAUGCGAAGCCCAUUAGAAAUUCAACUUAUGAAUUUGAUGGACUCUUGGUCAAGCCGAGUGAAGUAUCUUGA